UCCCCGGAGAUCAGAAUAACUCAGAACACGCCACACCUCACACAACCAAAGUUCUUUCAGCACUCUCCUAGGUGACAACAGGGCUUCCAGAAUCAUCAGGUAAGCUUUGCCAAAGUUUGGUGAAAGAUGUCUGCAGAAACAGAUUGGAACUCUGGCCUCCUCAGCUGCUGUGAUGAUACCAAAUCUUGCUGCUAUGGUUUCUGGUGCUGCCCCUGUCUUGCCUGCACCGUCGCAGGAAAUUUUAAUCAGAACCGCUGUCUCCCACUGUGUGACAUAUGCAGCCCUGCUGUGAUGUCUGCUUUUGGGAUACCUCUGUGUGUGCCCCCUGCGGGCUUAGCCCUGAGAGUCGGCGUUCGGUACAAAUACAACAUUAAGGGUUCUCUCUGUAAGGACAUCGCCACGUCCUGCAUCUGUGUGUGGUGCUCCUGGUGCCAGUUGCAUCGGGAACUAAAGUAUCGCAAGGUCGGCCCUGCUGUUGUCAACAUGCAGCCCACCAAGUAAUGAAAAGCUACUGAGGUUUUAUAGCUGCUGAUCCAAAAUAUUUAGCAACCAUAGUGAUUUUUGUUAAGGUGAUCAUCUUCAGUUAAAACCUAUGUAAAUGUCCAAUCUUAUCAGGAAUUGCUAUUAAAACAUGAUUUACAUAGAAAA